CCUGCAGCAAAAGUACGUUGUGUAAAACAUGGGGGAUGUGAAUCAAUCAGUGACCUCUGACUUCAUUCUGGUGGGCCUCUUCAGUCACUCAGGGUCACGUCAGCUACUCUUCUCCUUGGUGGCUGCCAUGUUUGCCAUGGGCCUCCUGGGCAACACCAUUCUGCUUGUCCUGAUCUGCCUGGACUCCAGGCUCCACACACCCAUGUACUUUCUGCUCAGCCAGCUCUCUCUGUUUGAUGUUGGUUUCCCCCUGGUCACCAUCCCCAAGAUGGCAUCCCACUUCCUGCAGGGAGAAGGUUCCAUCUCCUUCGGGGGUUGUGCAGCUCAAAUAUUCUUCCUGACCCUGAUGGGCAUGGCUGAGGGCAUCCUGUUGACCCUCAUGUCCUAUGACUGCUAUGUUGCUGUGUGUCACCCUUUGCAGUAUCCUGUGCUCAUGAGGCGCCAGGUGUGCCUGCUCAUGGUGGGGUCCUCCUGGCUGGCAGGUGUGCUCAACGCCUCCAUCCAGACCUCCAUCACUCUGCACUUUCCCUACUGUGCCUCCCGCAUCGUGGACCACUUCUGCGAGGUGCCAGCCCUGCUGAAGCUGUCCUGUGCAGACACCUCAGCCUAUGAGUUGGUGCUGUCCACCUUGGGGGUGCUGAUCCUUGUGCUUCCCCUUUCCCUCAUUGCCAUCUCCUAUGGCCACGUUUUGGGGGCUGUUAUACACAUGCACUCAGAGGAGGCCCGAAACAAGGCCUUCACCACCUGUUCCUCACACAUCACAGUGGUGGGACUCUUUUAUGGUGUAGCUGUGUUCAUAUACAUGGUGCCGGGUGCUUACCAUAGCCCACUCCAGGACAACGUGAUCUCCCUAUUCUACAGCCUUGUCACCCCUACUCUCAACCCCCUUAUCUACAGUCUGAGGAACCGGGAGGUACAGAUGGCUUUGGCCAAAGUGCUCAGCAGAGCUGGGCUCAGGCCAAAGUGA